GUGGAUGGAGGCGUGUCUGAAGGAGGAGUUACCUGCUCCCACUGAGCUGGAGGAGGCGCUGAGGAACGGUGUUUAUCUGGCUAAACUCGGACACUGCUUCGCUCCUCGUGUGGUCACGCUGAAGAAGAUUUACGAUCUGGACCAGCAGCGAUACAAGGCCUCUGGGCUUCAGUUCCGUCACACGGACAACAUCAACCACUGGAGGAGCGCCAUGAUGGAGGUCGGCCUGCCGACGAUGUUUCAUCCGGAGACGACGGAUGUGUACGACAAGAAGAACAUGCCCAGAGCCGUUUACUGCAUUCACGCGCUGAGUUUGUUCCUGUUUCGUUUGGGACUCGCCCCUCAGAUCCACGACCUCUGCGGGAAGGUCAAGUUCACAGAGGAGGAGAUCAAUAACAUGAAGCGGGAGCUGGAUAAAUACGGCAUUCAGAUGCCAGCGUUCAGUAAGAUCGGAGGAAUCCUGGCUAACGAGCUCUCUGUGGACGAGGCCGCAGUGCAUGCGGCUGUGAUCGCCAUCAACGAGGCGGUGGAUCGUGGCUGUGUGGAGGUCACAGGUCAAGCCCUGAGGAACCCCAGUGCUGCGCUGAACGGUCUGCAGGACUCGCUCGUGCUCGUGUAUCAGGAGAUGCUGCGGCAGGCGCGCCUUCAGAAAGCAGCGCGAGCACGGACACACGCAAACGGAUCGGCAGAGAAAGACAUCUAUGAGGAAUACCUGACGCAGAGAGAAAUACAAGACUCCGUCAGCAGAGUCAACUUGCAGGGGGAGCUGCAGCAGGAGGAGUUGUUUGUUGCGGUGGAGAUGUUGUCUGCGGUGGCUCUGGUUAAUCAGGCCGUGGAGGUUCAAGACUUCGGUGCGUUCAGUGCUACACUGCUCAGUCCUGCAGCUGGACUCGCCGACAUCGAUGACAGUCUGAUGCAGAGGUAUUUCGAGCAGCUGUGUGAGCUGAAGAGGAGGGCAGGUAAAGCUCUUCUCAGCUGGAACGAUCUGCAGACGGGACUGAACGCCGUCAACUCGGCUGCUCACGAGGAACAUGAACAGAUUCUCACCAUCGGUCUGAUCAAUCAGGCUCUGAGCCGCAGCGAUCCUCAGAAGACGCUCUCGGCGCUGAUGCUGGCCUCCAGCGGCCUGCAGGACAUCUUCCCGCUCAACGCCAGACGCUACCAUGAUGUGCUGACCCGAGCCAAACGACACAAGGCUGAGCUGAGCCGUGAUCCGGGAGCUGAGCUCUGGUUGGCUGACAUUCAGGAAGCUGUGAGACUGGCCAAUCAGGACACUCAGAAAGCGCUGAAGAUGUGUCUGGGUCUGGCGGCGGUCAAUCAGGCUGUUAAAGAGGGCCGAGCGUCUCAGACGUUGCGUGUUCUGCGUCUGCCAGAGGUGGCGCUGCGGAGCGUGGUGUCCGGAUGUGCUGAUGGGUAUCAGACGGAGCUGACCGCCCUGCUCCGCGCCAAAACACUGGAGGGGGAUAACAGAAGCCCGUGGAUGAGGACGAAGCUGCCGGAGAGCAGCUCUUAUUUCUUUCAUCUGCAGAAGCUGGAGGGCACCUGGGAAAGACCUCAAGGCUUCGUCCAGAACAGCACCUUCCUGAUGCACGAGGAGAUACAGGCCGUGUGCAGUAGCGUGACUGCGGCUCACAGCAGAGGUGUGCAGUGGAAGGCCAGUGAGCCGCUAGUGCUGCAGCUGCAGGCGCGCAUGCGAGGGUUCCUGCUGCGACAGACGCUCGCCGAGCGCUUGCACUUCCUGAACACUCAGCUGCCUGCCGUCAUCACCAUCCAGCCGCUGUAUCUGGCUCAGCUGAUCUUCCUGAUGCCUCAGAAUAAAAGCACCAGCUUCAUGGAAACGGUGAUCUUCACGCUCUUCAACUACGGCUCAGACUGCAGAGAGGCCUUCCUGCUGCUGCAGCUCUUCACCGCCGCGCUGCGCCACGAGAUCCAGUACAGAAACACACUCGACAUUCACUCCAGCGCUCCGCCGCUCUCCGUCGUGCGUAAGUUCGCUCACCUGCUGGAGUUUGGUGACAGUGACAUCCGUCAGGAGGGAGAGCUGCAGCGUCUCAGAGAGGAGGUGGUGAGGUCCAUCCGGGCCAACAGACAGCUGGAGGCCGACCUGGACCUGAUGGACCUGAAGAUCGGCCUGCUGGUCCGCAACAGAGUCACGCUGCAGGAGGUGGUGUCUCACUGUAAGAAGCUCACUAAGAAGAAUAAGGAGCAGUUGAGUGACAUGAUGGCUCUGGACAAACACAAAGGCCUGAAAGCUCUUAGUAAAGAGAAGAGAGACAAACUGGAGGCCUAUCAGCACCUCUUCUACCUGCUGCAGACCCAGCCGCUUAAUGUUUUCACAGCAAAAAGGCAUGUGAAGCUUGAGCUGAAGGUGGACAUUUGGCUCUUGUCUUUCUCUGACUCUGAAAACACUGGCCUCCGUCUGUCUCUCCCUCUGGAGAUUUAUUUAGAGUGUUUCCAGGUUCACCAUUAUUUCCAUACGGCAUGUCCAGGUGCUCCAGUAAGCUCCAGGGCUGAACAGUGUGCAGCGUUCAACAAUCAAGAGUUUAUGGGACGCGUGUAUGACUGGGAGCCUUUCACAGAAGUUCACUCCAGCACUCCGCCGCUCUCCGUCGUGCGUAAGUUCGCUCACCUGCUGGAGUUUGGUGACAGUGACAUCCGUCAGGAGGGAGAGCUGCAGCGUCUCAGAGAGGAGGUGGUGAGGUCCAUCCGGGCCAACAGACAGCUGGAGGCCGACCUGGACCUGAUGGACCUGAAGAUCGGCCUGCUGGUCCGCAACAGAGUCACGCUGCAGGUCAGGAGAGACGGCGGUGAAUCUGUCUUUCUGAUCGAGGUGGUGUCUCACUGUAAGAAGCUCACUAAGAAGAAUAAGGAGCAGUUGAGUGACAUGAUGGCUCUGGACAAACACAAAGGCCUGAAAGCUCUUAGUAAAGAGAAGAGAGACAAACUGGAGGCCUAUCAGCACCUCUUCUACCUGCUGCAGUGUGAUCAGAUCGUGGGUAACCUGGUCUACUAUCGCUACAUGAACCCGGCGAUCGUGGCUCCGGAUGGUUUUGAUGUGGUGGAGUUCGGGGCUGGUUCUGCUCUGCUGCCGGGUCAGCGGCGAACACUGGGCUCCAUCGCCCGCAUCCUGCAGCACAGCGCCGCACUCAAACACUUCCACGGAGACUCAGCUCACCUGCACGCUCUGAACGAGUACAUCACAUACACUCACAGCCGCUUCAGUAAAGUCAAUGGGAAGAAAGCGUCUGAUAAUAAAGGGAAGAAGAAGCGGGCGACUCUCACGUACACAGCUGCACGUCUGCAUGAGAAAGGAGUUCUGCUGGAGAUUGAAGACCUGCCCGUCACACAGUUCAAGAACGUGAUCUUUGACAUUGUUCCCGGCGAGGAGGACGGCACGUUCCUGGUGAAGGCUCGUUUCAUGGGUGUGGACAUGGAGAGAUUCCCGCUCAAAUAUCAGGAUCUGCUGCAGCUGCAGUACGAGGAAGUCGCCGUGAUGAAGAUGUUUGAUAAAGCCAAAGUCAACGUCAAUCUGCUCAUCUUCCUCCUCAACAAGAAAUUCUUCAAGAAGUGAAUUGAUUCCUGUGUUCCUGUAGCACUCGGCACUGGUUUGAACACACUCCAGUUAAACCUGCUGCUUUAUUUUCCCAGUGUAAUAAUUCUGCAUUUAUUUGAUUACCCAAAAUCACUCUGGAUAUAUUCAUGACGCUAUCAUAUAUAUAUAUAUAUAUUCAAUUAUGAAUCAUUUGCAUUUAAAAUGAAGCUUUACUUUAUUCGAGUGAAUCACAGAAGACGUGUGAGAAGAACACUAGUAAUACUAGUUAUCCAGCGGUUAUCAGGUGAAGUUCACCUGCGCUCUUUCAAGCUCUUUUAACGCUAAUUUAGUGGAAAGUGUCUUUUGUGUAAAUAUUUUCUGUCUCUAAUGAAAUAUCUUUGUAUUCUUUCCUCGUCCUCUCGUCUGUUUUUAUGUCGUUUAUUAGUGUCCAGUCACUCUUUUAAUAAAUACGCUGUUUUUAUUCACAAUAAAACGUUUUGCAUGAA